AUGCGCCUCCAACUAACUCUACUAUGGCUGUCUUUAUCCCUGAUCCGCAACUCUCAAGGUCACGCAAGAACUUUCACCAGGUGUCAACUAUCCCGGGAACUUUUGCGGUACAACUUCCCAAGAACUUUGAUUCCUAAUUGGGUAUGCCUGAUAGAGCACGCCAGUGGGAGGACAACAGACAAAGUUACCAAUCACAAUAAUUCUUAUACGAGCUUCGGAUUAUUUCAGAUUAAUAACAAAGAAUGGUGCAAGAAAGGUAGAAAAGGGGGCCAUUGUAGCAUGAAGUGCGAAGAUCUUCUCAACGAGGAUUUAGCGGACGACGUGCGUUGUGCAAAACGUAUUUACGACAGAGUCGGUUUCAAGGCAUGGCCGGCUUCAUACGCUUAUUGCAAGGAAAAAAGCCUACCAGAUUUAUCUAAAUGUUGA